UUUGGUGUAUGCCAGCAAUGUGUGUCUGAAAUAAUUUGCCAUGAAUGCAAUUCUUUGUUUUUGUGCAUUGUCUAGACUUGAAUAUUGAAUAAUAAAUAAAUACACACAAAUAUAAACACGGCUGCUUGGUGAUAAAUCUGUUUAGAAGAUCCUCAAGUCUAUUUCUGGCCAUAAAUAUAUAUAUUUACUACAUUCAUAGUUGAACCUUUGGGAAGACAAAAGGAAGAGAGUUUAAUAUUUUUCAUUUAAACUAAAAAAUAUGGUUUUAUUCCUUUGUUGCAAUUGAUUUAGCGGCAUUCUAUUAAUUAUUAUAUAUUCAACCCGGUUAACUCCGGGUAAUAUCUUCUGGAAUUAUGUACAACCUAUUGUAUUGAAAGAUUUGAGAGCGUUCCCUGAACUUAAUACAAUCUGUAUAAACUCUAUCUGCAGGCUAUUUAGAGAGCUUUCAUCAUAUGCCCAAAUGAACGGACAUAACAUAAAUAUACAGUUCACAUUUUAUACAAAUAUGCAGACAACAUGCUAGUCAUUGUUUAUCAAAGAUUGCCGCAGUGUUGCGCAUUGUCCAAGCUGUAUUUUGUAGAGGGUAUUCGAAUUUAUUGAAGCGAUAUGUAACGCUUGGCAGGAUUCAUCUCUGGACCCACAAAUAUCUGCUCUUCUUCGACUCGAUAGCCAUGAGCUGCCAUAAACCCAAUCGGUUGACUUAGUAUUGAAUCACUUGACAUGUGUCUGGAAGGGUAUUUAAUCAACGGUUUGUUGUUCUUCCUCUGGCGAUAAUUUUCUGCAAUCGUUUUGCGCUUUGUAUGUUUGGAACGUGAGUUUUUUUAGCCGCGUGCCAAGGAAUCUUAUCUGGCUAAUUCGCGGGGGAUGGCCAAUACAUUUUUAUUACGUGGUACUUGAGACACGUAUAUUUAACGAAAUGUUGUCCAUAUGUGAAACGACGAUCGCUCGGAUGUAACUGAACCGCUCUUCAUUGAUCCCGGCGUUGCGGGCAGCGAGCGCAACUGCUGCCCGGCUUCGCCCACUACGGUGCCAGCCAAGUCGGUCUUGGAGUCGCCCAUGCGGCGCGCGGGACGACGCCAGCGCACAACCUCGAUUGGUAACCAGACGACCACUGCCAAUCCGUCCGAGUGCAUAAUACGUUCAAAUAAUCGCACCAUUUACACGGCCGGAAGACCGCCGUGGUACAACUGCGCCGGCCAGCAGGUGGAACCCUUUGUCAUAGGCAUUUGCGGAGGCAGCGCAUCCGGCAAGACGACCGUCGCAGAGAAAAUCAUAGAAAGCCUAGACGUGCCUUGGGUCACCCUCCUGUCCAUGGACUGCUUCUACAAGAUCCUAAACGAGAAGCAACAUGAGCUGGCGCUCAUCAACGAAUACAACUUUGAUCAUCCGGAUGCAUUUGACAUUGACCUGCUCGUCGAUGUGCUGACCAAACUGAAGGAGGGCAGGAAAGUUGAAGUCCCAGUCUACAAUUUUGUGACCCACGGUCGCGAGAGCCAGACGAAAACCAUGUACGGUGCUAACGUCAUAAUAUUUGAGGGUAUACUUACCUUCCACAGUCCCGAGGUGCUCAAGAUGCUCGACAUGAAGAUAUUCGUUGACACAGAUCCAGACAUACGUCUGGCCAGGAGACUUAAGCGUGAUAUCUCGCAGCGUGGACGGGACUUAAAGGGCGUGCUGAAGCAAUACCUAAACAUGGUGAAGCCCUCCUAUGCAAAUUAUAUAGCGCCCACGAUGGCCCAUGCGGACAUCAUAGUGCCACGCGGCGGCGAGAACAAAGUGGCAAUAGCUCUGAUAGUGCAGCACGUGCAUACACAGCUGCAGCUGCGUGGCUUUAAGCUACGCGAGACUUUGGCCAAUUCGUAUAAGGACCAGCCGAUGCCAGAUUCGUUGCAUUUACUGCAUCCAACGCCACAGAUUAAGGGUCUGCACACAUUCAUACGGUGCAAGAACACUUCGCGGGAUGAAUUCAUCUUUUAUUCGAAGCGGCUUAUACGGCUGGUCAUUGAGUACGCGUUGAGCCUGUUCCCCUUCAAAGAGACGUGCGUGGAGACGCCACAAGGCGUUCUGUAUGAGGGAAAGCGCAUGGAGUCGCGCAAAAUAUGCGGUGUGUCCAUACUGCGAGCAGGGGAAACCAUGGAGCAGGCCGUGUGUGAUGUAUGUAAGGACAUACGCAUUGGCAAGAUUCUUAUACAGACAAAUUUGAAGACUGGCGAGCCCGAGCUUUACUAUCUGAGGCUGCCCAAAGACAUUAAAGACUAUAAAGUGAUACUUAUGGAUGCCACCGUUGCAACAGGCGCCGCAGCCAUGAUGGCCAUACGAGUGCUGCUCGAUCACGAUGUGCCCGAGCAGAACAUCAUUCUUGCCUCGUUGCUGAUGGCCGAGAUCGGUGUGCAUUCGAUCGCCUAUGCCUUUCCCAUGGUUAAAAUUGUUACUUCCGCUCUGGACCCGGAGAUAAAUAGCAAGUUCUAUGUUAUACCCGGCAUUGGCAACUUCGGCGAUCGCUACUUUGGCACUGAGCCCUCCGACGAGUACUAGGGCCAACUAACUGCGAACCAAGUUUCUUAAUUACUAUACCUAGGAUUAAAUGAAAUCGUUACUUAAAUUAUCAAUUCAAGAAC